GGGAGGCAUGUGUCAGUUCCGCGACGCGGCUGAGGGACUUCCGUGCGCCAUGGACUUCGACGUAGACCGGUAUCUGCAGCAGAGCAAUGCCCGCUUCCUGGCCUCCAUCAACAGCAUCUUGGAGCGGUAUAAUCACCCUUUUGAAGAUGAUUUACUUGUUUCCAUGGAAACUCUCACUUAUGAUACACCUGAUGGACCAAAAAAUUGGGAGAAUGUGUCAACCAAGGAGGUUAAAGAAUGGAGGGAGAAAGUACUUGAGUGUAAUAGAGAAGGUCGAAGGAAUGCAGAAAUGUCAAAGCAACAGAGCAGUGAUUUUGAACAAGAGCGUUCAACAGUACAUCAGGAAUCUCCUGAGAACUCUCGUGUGGAUACAUCUGACAUAGAUGAAGCAAGUGAUGCUGGUAAAGUUUCAGUAAGAGGAAAGUUUGGAGACGUCCACUUCCAGAAUCUGUACGUAGGUGACAGAAGUAUUCAAGAAAAAGCAAAAGUUCAAGUGGAUAUGAUAGUACAAGUGGACUGUGCUAGAAAAAUUCCCAAGUGGAUGACGAUAGCACCUCAAGGUUUGUUGGAAGGCCUUCAUUUAGCUUCACCAGCACAAGAACUGAUUGGCAACCAAGCCGCUGUUUACAGAGAGAAAGGAGAGUUGUCCAAUGAAUGUUCUUCAUCCAGACCUCUGCAGUUACCAUUUUCUGAUGUUUCCAAUUCACUGGAUACAAUAACCAUACCCAGGCAUCAACUUUCUCCGGAACUAAGUAAAACUUGCUGUGAUAGUACCUUAGGAGAUUACCAGUUUGCAGAUGAUGAAUGCUCCUUCAGCAAUGUAACUCUUGCGGACUUGUAUCCAGCGAUGGUAAGGAUACUCACGAGGCUUAUAAAAAGGGAGUCUCGGAGAAGAUUGUUAAAAUACAUGUUUGGAUACUCAAGACAUAAAAGAUGGUGUUCUAGAAGACCAAAGCUCAAUGUCACUGUAGACAAAAUAAGAGGGUUCAGACCUCUUAAACAGAGGCAAGCACUACUCAGCAUAGGCGGCUGUAGAAAUGAAGACAUCCAGGAUCAGACUUUAGGAAAUGAGAACAAAGAACUUCGGGAUGGCAAGUGUUCCACUGAUAAUUUUUCUGGUCUGGUACCUUAUUCUUACAUUGAUACAGAUGAAAUCAAAAUGGACUACACUGACUCAAGUUUCGGAUGUCAUUUGGUAUCCGCAAAAGGCCAUGAAGUCUCUAAAGUGACUGGUGCUCCUGAUGUAGCUACAAUGGGAGGGGCUUUUCUAGCUGAAGAUGAGAUACAGACUGCUGUCUCACUAAAGAAUUCAAAAUGCAAAGAAAGUAAAAAAUUGGCUUACAAAUGUUCCUCAGAAUACUGUUUUAUAACAUCUGCCAGUUCCGGAUCAGCAGCGCUUCAUCUGGUGAAAGAGAGUAAAACUCGAAAUAUUUACUUUCCUUAUGGUGAUACCUCAGAGUUGUGCUCAUCUACUUGGAGUUCCUAUGGCAGUAGUAACACUAUUACACCUGUCACAAACUGUUCUCCUGCAAAAGCAUCAAAUACUUUGCUCAUAAAUCCUGAAAAAAGAAUUUCUGAAGGACCAAUUUCUUUCCAGUGCAAACACUCAUUUUCCUCAUUGUUUGUGAAGCAGAGUCCUUCAAAGAUGCACCAGAAAUGUGAAGAUGCAUUUGAAGAGCUCUACUACAGUUUGUGUCCCAAAGAAAUCCAAAAGCCUUUGACAUUGACAAGACCUCUUUCAAGUUCAAAGAACCUUGAAGAGAAAAAGUUAAUGAAGCGUCAUUUAAGUGAUUCUGUGAGGUCCAGUACGCGGUAUGACAAAGAAUUUGACAGGAUCAUGAGCAGUUGCAUAGUGAGGCUGUUCCAAAACUUCCUGGGUUUCAGAGAGCUUCAAAUUUAAGGCAAUACGAAGGAAUACAAAUGUCUGAAACUGUAAGUGCUCUUUGUAACUCACCUGUUCAAAGUUCAGCUUCAAAUUUAAGGCAGUACAAGGGAAUACAAAUGUCUGAAACUGUAAAUGCUCUUUGUAACUCACCUGUACAAA